AUGGCUUCAAGCAGGCUCAUGAAAGCCAUCUAUGUGGCUUUGUUUUUGCUUUACGUUGACGCAGCCAUCUCAUUAUCCCUUGUCUCGUCAAUGGUGGCAUUUCUUCAUGGACGCGGCGGCCAACCAUUUGAGGUCCGACGACUUGGUUCGUUCUUUGACCUUCCCGGAGAACCUGCACAUCUUUUAACGGACCACGGCCAUACGACAAAUGCAGCAGGAGGUACGGGCGUCGUCCUUGUAGGGUUCGGUGGCCUCCUAGCUUUGUGGUUGGAGCAUAGGUCCAGGGCAAAGUACGGAAAAACAUCGCCAUUCUACUAUCUCUGGGCCCUUAUCACGAUUCUCAGCUGGCUUCUUACUCUCACGGCUCUGAUAUAUACCUAUGUCCUGACCAACAGGCACUCGGAUCAGGGUAUUGACCUCGCCUACGCAGAAGGCAAUGCUCCGAAGCCGUACCCACGGGACUCUUGGACCCCGGAGAACUGGUAUACGCAGGUCAACAGUCUAUCACUUGUCCACAGCGACGAUCACGACAUGCUGAAGAAGAAAUUGAGAUCCAUGCGCGGAUGGCGCUACAACCUUAUUCCCUUCAUGAUUCUUGGUUUCAUUCUCAUGGUCCUCGUCAUCGUGGAGCUGUUGAGUUUCAGGAGGUCGAGGGGUAGGAAGACAGAACAGCCAUUUGAAGAACGGCCGCAUGAGUCCGCUCACUUGGUAGCCUGA